CAGAGUUUCCAAUCGGUAUAAAAGACGUUAUGGCCAUUCCAAUAGUCAUCAGUUCAGUUUGGUUCUUUGCAGUACAGUGUCUCCCAGAGCACACCAAGUGACAACAGUUUAUUCUAGCUCGAAAGAAUUUUAACAAUUUCUAUAGUUACCAUGAAGUGCUUCGUUGCCAUUGCCCUGUUGGCUGUUGCCGUUAGUGCAUCGCCCAUCGAAUACGGACACUAUGGUGCCCCAGCUCUGUUGCACGCUGCCCCAGUCCUGCACGCUGCUCCAGUUGUGAAACAUGUCGUCGCCGAGCCAGUCGCCUACCCCAAGUACUCGUUCAACUAUGGAAUCAAGGAUCCCCAUACUGGUGACAUCAAGUCCCAGGCUGAAGAACGCGACGGUGAUGUUGUCAAGGGACAAUACUCCCUCGUCGAACCAGACGGUUCCGUGCGCACUGUUGACUACACUGCCGAUGACCACAAUGGAUUCAACGCCGUCGUGCACAAGUCCGCUCCAGCUGUUCACAAGGUUGUAGCUGCUGCCCCACUUGCGUACCAUGCUCCAGCUCCAGUCCUCAGCCACUAUGUUCACUAAGUUCGCUACAAUCGGAAGGUUAAGCUGAGUGCGGUUUGACCAAAACCACUUUAGCUUUUUCUAUCCGUUUAAGUCACUCUCACAAAACUGUCUCCGUUAAGAAGCUCCCAAACUUCGAACUGCUGCAAGCAGUAAAACUACUCACUCGUAUAAAUCGUUAAGAUACCAACAAAUCAUAAACAAAGCCCACAACACAAACACACAUGUAAAACCCGCUCUAUCAUCGAAAUGUAUAAUCGUUUUUAUGUUUUUGUUAAGUAAUUAUCGAAUUAUUCGCGCCUCAAACCUCAAGCUUUCCAUCACCUAAAGCUCGGCACAUUUUUCCGUGAUUACUUCACUCACUUUUCCGUUCUUCACUUUUCACCGGCAGCGGAGCGACUCAGAAACGUGAAAACACAAACACACUUUCACUUUCCCGGUCGAAACAAAACCGGAUUCAAAACGCAACACAAAAUGUAAACAAACAACCGCGACCACUGCAGGCGCACUUCUCGGCCAAACCAAAAACCAAUCACGUCUGGCACGUGCUACUCGGUCGAGUUGUUCUCUCGGGUGCGAAGUCUCUCCCGAGAAGAGUCGCAACACUCACUUGUUGAGGGGAUGCAACAAUGCUGCGUCUACAUGCAGCCAUAAUAACGAAAAGCUAAAACAUCGCGAAUAUGAUGUGUCAUACUGCGAUUGCGUUACCAUUUUUCUCCCCAAGAGGAAACAUGUAGCGCAACAUGAAGCUGCAACCUGUACUGCCAUCUAUUGCAAAAUAAGCGAACCAAAACGAUCGGCGGGAAAUGAUUGCCACUCUAAAGCAAGUCAAACAUUGGACCCAAAGCAUACAUUCCAGCUUAACCAUUCGUGAUAAAGGAGACUUAUUUUCAAGUCAUCCUGCUAGGAGUCCAAUUAUUCCAUUAUAGUUUGAGUGCUGGUGAUCGACUUAUGUCCCCCGGUGUUGAAUGUGAUAAUUGUUGUUCUAUAUCUGUUACUUUCAUACUGAUCUUCUUUCACUUGUUAAUACUGUCGUACUGAUUCUACACCUAUUUACUCUAUCUACACACUGUUACACUUUACUACUCUUCCACUAGUUCGGUUCUUCUUCUCGCAAAAAAUCUCAAACACUACGUGAAGAAGUUAGGAAGAAUCUAUCUCUCCCCCUUAGUCAUCUGCUUUAAAUACGAGAUCAAAAGGAAUCGAAAAAGCGAGAAUUGUUUUAUAUUGAAAAUGUGUAUUAUUUUUUUAAAAAAAUAAACAUCCAAUGAAAAUAUUGUUACCCUAUCCAGCAUAGAGUAGCAAGUCCAAAAAAAGUUCAAACUGUACAUACAGAAAUAAAAAAUAUUUUAUUAAAAAUCAUAAACCA